AUGCCCAGGGAAGAAGUUUGGGGCGUCUUGAUUCCUAUAGAUGUUGGAAGAUAUGACACCAUUGAGGUUUCCCCAGCCAAUAAUGAAACCAAGACUGACACCACGCUUAUAUACUCCUAUACAUUAAAUGUUAGGAGUAAUAUUAUAGAUACACCAAGACAAAAAAAGAAACUGACCUUCGGUAUUGUUGCUGGCCCACGAUAUCGUAUUUGGUAUACAUGGAUAGAUGCCCAUUGCCCCGAGAAACGUCCCCGCAUACCUUACCCCCGGGGACUUGGCUCCGAGAAGCAUACUGAACCCAGCGAUUCCAAUGAGUGA